AUGCAGUUCAUCUCAUCUCUCCUGCUUUUCCUGGCGCCCCUCACCCUCGCUCUGCCCGUCUCAGAUGCUGCCAUUAAGGAUGUCGCCGUCGACGCCGCCCUUGACGCCCGUGCCUGCUACGUAACCUGCGGCUCCACCUGCUACACCUCUGCCCAAGUCUCUGCCGCACGCACCGCUGGGUACAACCACCAGAAGGCCGGCACUGUUGCCGGCAGCUCCACCUACCCCCACAAGUACAACAACUACGAGGGCUUCAGCUUCCUCGCCGGCGGCACCUACUACGAGUUCCCCCUAAAGACCGGCGGUGUCUACACUGGAGGAUCUCCCGGAGCGGACCGUGUUGUCUUCAACGGAAGCGGAGCGCGUGCUGGAGAGAUCACCCACACUGGAGCGAGCGGAAACAACUUCGUCAAGUGUGCCGGGUGGUAG